AUGGGUCAGCAUAACCUCGAAGCACAUCAGGCAUCGGUUGUCGACAAGGACGACAUCGCCGCUGCCAAAGGCGAACACUUCGAGGAGGUCGUUCACGCAGCGACUGCAGAGGACCACGAGGAAACUGUCUUGCAGGCUAUCAAAAACCAGCCAUGGGCAUUCGGGUGGUGCGGGGGCACUGUCAUUGGCAUUCCCCAGUUCCGCAAGGACUUUGGAUCAGAGUUUGAUGGCAACUAUGUUCUACCUGCGAAGUGGCAGUCGGCUUACAGCGGGGCUCCUGUGGCAUCUGCCGUCGUUGGUUCCAUCGGUGCUGGUUACGUAGCCGACCGCAUCGGCCGCAAGUGGACAUACUUCAUCAGCUACAUCUUUAUCCUUGUCGGAAUCACCCUCGAAACGAUCAGUACGACCAACGAGAUUUUCUUCGCCGGGAAGUUCAUUGCGGGAUUCCCCAUUGGCGCUUUCAUCACGGUCAGCAUGACAUAUAUCGGCGAGAUCGCGCCCCUGGCGCUUCGUGGUAUCUUGACCGCUGCCGCCGCCAUCGCCUUUACCAUCGGCCCGUUUAUUGUCUCAUUAGUUGUCAAUGAAACAGGAACUAGAAAUGACCGCUGGGCUUACCGCACUAUAUUCGUAUCGCAGUACGGCGUUAGCGGCUUGGGUGCUAUCAUGCUUUUCUGGAUGCCCGAGUCGCCGUGGUGGUUGGUCAACAAGGGUAACAUGAAAAAGGCCGCCAAAUCUCUCAGCCGUCUCGGAUACGACGCUGUUCAGGUCGAGAAACGACUUUCUAUUAUUGCUCUAACUCUUGCCGAGGUACGUAAGGAGACUGAGGGUGCCAGCUUCGCCGAGUGCUUUCGCAAGUCCAACCUUCGCCGUACCAUCAUCUCCGUUGCUCCCUUGAGCAUCCAGGCCUUAUGCGGCGUCUUUUUCGUCGCUUCAUACUCGACAUACUACCAGCAGCUUGCUGGCUACACCACCAAAGAGAGUUUCACGCUUGCAAUUGUGCAGCAGGUCCUCUCCAUGCUUGGGAAUAUCACUUCCUGGUUCCUGAUUGACAGAGUCGGCCGCCGAGGCCUUACCUUAUGGGGAAUGUGCACGUUGACCAUUCUACUAAUGAUCACUGGCGGCCUUGCUGUCACGGCCACUCCUGGUGCCGUUAAGGGCACUGUUGCUCUGCUCUUGGUGUACUGCUACAUCUACAACGUCACAAUCGGCGCCACAGCAUACUCCCUGUUGACAGAAGUGGCAACUUCGCGUCUCCGCGCAAAGACUGCGGCGAUGGCUUUGGCUCUCCAGAACAGCCUUUUCACUAUGUGGGCUUUCGUCAUCCCGUUUCUUUUCAACCCUGAUCAGGCAAACCUUGGAGCCAAGGUAGCGUUCAUCUUCGGUGGUUUAUCUGUGCUGUCUACGGUUUAUCUCUGGUUUUACCAGCCCGAAGUUGCUGGUAGAUCAUACGAGGAACUCGAUGAGAUGUUCAUCAAGCAGGUCCCGGCGCGGAAGUUCAAAGGCUAUACUACAGAAGUACAGGAGAAGAGCCAAGCGUCGGCCAAGUACAACACCCAACAUUCUCUCUGA